CGCGAUCGUGCCCAAGGAGGACGGGGUCAUCAGCGUCUCUGAGGACAGGGGGAAGGGAGCAUUAAACAAAAACUGGAAUUCAUGCCAAAAUUCCGGGAUAACUAGCUUGUGAAGGACAACAAGUGAGAUGCAGAGCAGUUCUGGCAAGCUGGAAAUGUAUGUGCACUUGCUGGCAGCCAGCCUGUACUGGGAACAACUUAACGAUUAUGAACAAAUUUUCCUGCUUUUUCAGACCCCAAACGAUUUCUCAAUUUGGAAUGAAUUAGUCCAAAGGAAGAAAAUAUUCUUUCUACACCGGCGGAAGAUGCUACUGCUGUUAAAAAACUGUCCGUGUGUGGCUGAAGAGAGAGAGUGGACAGUAUUGGCCUAGCAUAUAUCAUGCAAUGCCAUCUCCAUGUUCAUGCUUGUCUUUUAACCCGGAAACAAGAAGGCUGUCCGUAGGUCUAGACAAUGGUUCAAUCUCAGAGUUUAUUUUAUCAGAAGAUUACAACAAGAUGACACCAGUCAAAAGUUACCAGGCUCACCAAGGCAGAGUUAUGAUGAUUCUGUUUGUCCUGGAGAUGGAAUGGGUGUUAAGCACAGGACAGGACAAGCAAUUCACAUGGCAUUGCUCGGAGAGUGGGCAGCGGCUCGGAGGGUAUCGCACCAGUGCGGGGGCCUGUGGCCUGCAAUUUGAUGUUGAGACCCGACAUGUGUUUAUAGGUGAUCAUUCUGGGCAGGUGACCAUUCUCAAACUAGAGCAAGUGAACUGCAGCCUUGUCACAGCAUUUAAGGGACAUACAGGUGGUGUCACUGCUCUUUGUUGGGACCCAGUGCAACGAGUUUUGUUCUCAGGCAGUUCAGAUCAUUCCAUUAUUAUGUGGGACAUAGGAGGAAGAAAAGGAACAGCCAUUGAAUUACAAGGACACAACGAUAAAGUUCAGUGUCUCUCCUAUGCUCCCCACACAAGACAGCUCAUCUCUUGUGGUGCAGAUGGUGGAAUUGUUAUCUGGAAUAUGGAUGUUGAGAGACAGGAGACACCAGAGUGGUUGGACAGUGACUCCUGUCAAAAGUGUGACCAGCCUUUCUUCUGGAAUUUUAAACAGAUGUGGGACAGUAAGAAAAUAGGCCUCAGACAGCAUCACUGCCGGAAGUGUGGGAAAGCAGUGUGUGGCAAAUGCAGCUCUAAGCGCUCCUCCAUACCACUGAUGGGAUUUGAGUUUGAAGUGAGAGUCUGCGAUAGCUGUCACGAAUCAAUAACGGAUGAGGAACGUGCACCCACAGCCACUUUCCAUGACAGUAAGCACAACAUUGUCCAUGUACACUUCGACGCAACCAGGGGAUGGUUAUUGACUUCCGGGACAGACAAGAUUAUUAAGUUGUGGGAUAUGACACCAGUAGUGUCUUGAUGAUACGUCGGUGGAACUUAAAAGGCGGUAUUUACUGAAGAAACAGAUUUCCUAACCCUAAUCGUAUUGCAGAAGAUAAAAUGCUGUGUGUAUAUGGCAGAUAAGGAAGGAGCUAACACAUCUGUGACGAUUUUUCAAGUCAUCGGCUAGAUCAAUGGUGAACAUUUGCACGAAGACUCUAUUUCAACUUUGUUCUCAAAAUAUCCGAGAAGGUAUUUUUUUAACUAACGGUUUGUACGAUCUGGCUGUGUUCAGUUAUUUUGAGUUUAUCUGGAAAAUCUGUAUGCAGGGC